AUGUUCACGGGUCUUGUGGAGACGAUUGGCACUGUUCUCGAGUACAAUGAGCUCGACUCAACCUCUUCAGGAGGUAAUGGUGUGCUGAUGGUAAUUGGCAACUGCUCUGAGAUCUUGGGAGACGUCCAUUUGGGAGACUCGAUUUGCACCAAUGGUGUUUGCCUUACCGUGACCGAAUUUGACGAAAAGAGGAGUUACUUCAAGGUUGGGGUUGCUCCAGAAACACUCAGAAGAUCGAAUUUGGGGGAUCUUCGUGUCAAUUCGCCUGUGAAUUUGGAAAGAGCCGUGACUUCGGAAGUGAGGCUCGGUGGACACGUUGUGCAAGGCCAUGUGGAUACAAUUGCAACAAUAACGAAAAAGGUUGCUGAUGGAAAUGCCAUAGCUUUCACUUUCCAGCUCCGUGAGCGUGAGAACAUCAAUUACAUUGUCGAGAAGGGUUUCAUUGCCAUUGACGGGACUUCCCUCACGGUGACUCAUGUUGACUACGAGACCGCAGAGUUUUCCAUUAUGUUGGUGAGUUAUUCUCAGGAGAAGGUGAUCUUGUCCAAGAAAGAAGUGGGACACACGGUGAACAUCGAGGUGGAUUUCACCGGUAAGUUGAUUGAGAAGCAGAUCGAGUUGACCUUGGAGGGCCAGCUCAAGAAGCAGAAUUCCCCUCUUGUGAAGUUGAUCGAGGGGAUUGUUGAGAAGAAGCUUGCAAAGUAA